AUGCUCUCUCAAACCUUCCUCAUUGUUCUUUCUGCGAGCUUAGCUCUUUGCCAAGCCCAGUCUCAUGAGAACUUGACUAUCAGCACCAAGACAGGUGCCUACAUUGGCUUCAUCAAUGGCACAACUCCGAAUGUCCGCCAAUUUCUGAACAUUCCUUAUGCACAACCGCCCACCGGACUUCUACGAUGGGAGCCACCUGCCUCACCACUGACAAACUCUUCCUCGCUAAUCGACUCCACCACCUUCCCGCCCUCCUGUGCUCAGUACCUUUCCGCGAACCCUAGCGUCUACAACCAAGAUGUCCCUGAGUUCCUUAUUGAUCCUGCCCCUUACCCAGCAGCAGCUGGCACCACCCCUCCAUCGACUUCUGAAUCCUGCCUCUCCCUCGCUAUCUGGACACCUCUCGACAUUCCUAAAUCCCUUCCGGUAAUCCUCUUCAUGACAGGCGGAGGCUACGUUAACGGCGGUAUCGACAUUCCCUAUCAACUCCCCCACAACUGGGUCCAACGCACCCAAUCCCAUAUCGUCGUCACCAUCAACUACCGCCUCGGUAUCUUCGGCUUCCCUGGCUCCGCUAGCCUCCCAUCUCAAAAUCUUGCUAUCCUCGACCAACGCCAGGCGCUACAAUGGGUAUACGACAACAUCGCCUCCUUCGGUGGAGACCCUACCCGUAUCACACUCUGGGGCCAAUCCGCUGGCGCCGCCUGCACAGAUGCACACAACUUCGCAUUCUAUAAAAACCCACUCGUGACCGGGCUCGUCUUGUCAUCCGGGACCACAAACAUCCUCGACGGCCGCCCUAUCCCGUCCACGUCAGACGCACACAACAACUUCACCUUCGUAGCCCACUCCAUAGGCUGCCGCAACCUCUCCCUCUCAGACGAAAUCGCUUGCAUGCGAUCCCAACCAGCCUCACGCAUUCUCAAUUUUAUAGGCCAAUAUAACGACAACAACAACGGCUCGCUCCCAACCCUCUCAUUCGGCCCGAUCGCAGACGAGGAAAUCAUUUUCUCAAAUUACACCUCCCAAUAUUCCCAAGGCCUCUUCUCCUACCUUCCUGCUAUCAUCGGCACUACCGCCAACGAAGCGGCAGGAUAUCCAUAUCCUAUAAACAACCGCACUGCUGGACCAUACCAGCCGUUCUCCGACGCCACGACUGCAGCCCUUUUCCUUUGCCCGAGUCACGAUACAAGCGAGCUGAGGGAGAAAGCAGGCGCGAAGACUUUCCGUUACCAAUACGCAGGGAACUUCACCAACAUUUCUCCUCGACCAUGGCUAGGAGCGUAUCACGACACCGAUCUGCCAAUGCUGUUCGGCACGUACGCUGACUUCCGCAGCAAUCUCAUGACGAAGGAGGAACUGCAGAAGGAGAAAGCAGUGAGUGAGACAAUGCAAGACUUCGUACUGGCGUUUAUGCAAGAUCCGAAGGGUGGCUUAGAGGGAAAAGGCUGGCCGGAGUACGGGCAGGGGCAGAUGAUAAGGUUUGGGGGGAGUGAUGGGAGGAAUUCGAAGAAUGAGGAAUAUGAUGCCGUAAGCAGGUUUGAACGGCACAUAGCACGAUGUUUAAGAUGCUAUCACGAGGAUUUCGAGGAUCCUGGUAUCGGCCAUCGGCGGAAAGUCUUCGCGGACGAGGUAAUCUACACGCACGACACUUGA